GCUUCCGCUUCCGGUGCGUGCAGCCGGGACGUGCGGCGCGGACGGACCCGCGGUGCCGUGCUCCAUAGGUGCCAUGUUCCAUAGGUGCCGUGCUCCAUAGGCACUCCCUGCCAUGUUGCUGCUGCUGCUGCUGCUGCUGCUGCUGCCACCGGUGGCUCCAGGCUCCGUGGAAGUGCUGCGGCCCCGCGGCGUGUCCCUGUCCAACCAUCACUUCUACGAGGCCUCGAAGCCCUUCACCUGCCUGGACGGUUCCGCCACCAUCGACUUUGCUUGGGUCAAUGACGACUAUUGCGACUGUCGUGACGGCUCCGAUGAGCCCGGCACCGCAGCGUGUCCCAACGGCCGCUUCCACUGCACCAACGCCGGGUUCCGUCCCCAGAACAUCCCCUCGGCCCACGUCAACGACGGCGUCUGCGAUUGCUGCGAUGCCACUGACGAGUACAGCAGCGGCGCCGCCUGCGACAACACAUGCAAGGAGCUGGGCCGGCGGGAGCGGGAGGCCCUGCAGCGCCGCGCGGAGCUGCUCCGCCGCGGCUUCCUGCUGCGCCAGCAGCUGCUGCAGGAGGCGGCCGCCGCGCGCCGCGACAAGCAGGGCCGCCUGGGGGCGCUGCAGGAGACGCGCCGGGGGCUGGAGCAGCGCGUGGGGACCCUGCGCGCGGCCAAGGAGGCGGCCGAGGGGCCCGAGCGCGCGGCCAAGGACGAGCAUCGGCGCCGCUGGGAGGCCGCCGCUGCAGCCGCCGCCGCAGCCCAAGAGGCCGCUCGGGCCGAGGAGGCCUUCGUGGCGCUGGACACGGACAGCGAUGGGCGGGUGACACUGGAGGAGCUCAGAGCCUGCUCCCGGCUGGACACCGAUGGGGAUGGAGCUGUCUCAGAGGACGAGGCCAAGGCACUAGUGGGGGACCUCGCACCAGUGGAUGCUGCCACAUUCCGGGACCGGCUCUGGGACACCAUCAAGCACCACUACAAGACCCAGGGCCAAGCGUCGUCCUCCCUCGUCCCUGAGCCCCCCUCGUCCUCCCCUGAGCCCCCCUUGGACGAGACCCCCCCGGAGGAAGAGGAAGAGGAGGAAGCAGAGGAGGAAGAGGAAGAGGAAGAUGAUGGCAGCGAAGGCCCUGAGGAGGAGCUGAAGGUGCCCCCCCCCCAGCACCCCGAGGAGAAGGGGGCUGAGGAGCCCCCCCCGAGCCCCCCCUUCGAUGCUGCCACUCAGGCCCUGAUUGAUGCUGCCCAACGGGCCCGUGAGGAGCUGGAAGAGGCUGAGCGAGCGCUGAAGGAGACAGAAGAGUCCAUCAGGGCCCUGGAGCAGGAGCUGGCCUUUGACUUCGGCCCCCAGGGCGAGUUCUCCUACCUCUAUAACCAGUGCUACGAGCUGAGCACCAGCGAGUACAUCUAUCGCCUCUGUCCCUUCAAACGCGUGUCCCAGAAGCCCAAACACGGUGGCGCCGAGACCAACCUGGGGACAUGGGGCGCAUGGGCUGGCCCCGAGCACGAUCGCUUCAGCGCCAUGAAGUACGAGCACGGGACAGGCUGUUGGCAGGGCCCCAACCGGGCCACCACGGUGAAGCUCUCCUGUGGCACAGAGACCGCGGUGACGGCCACCACGGAGCCGAGCCGCUGCGAGUACCUGAUGGAGCUGGUGACCCCCGCGGCGUGUCGCACCCCCCCCUCGCACGAGGACCACGACGAGCUCUGACUGCGGCCCCUCAGGAGCCGCCUGGACCUGAACGCCCUGCGCUUCCCAAGGGAAGGGCCACAGGACACAAGGACACUGCGACUGAGCCGGGGGGGGGGGGGUCCCUGGUGGGGGGGGGUAUGGGGAGGGGGGGUCACUCUCCACCAGCAGCAGUACAAAUAAACCCAGGUUUAAAGCCAC